GUUUUACAGCAUGCCUCAAAAUCUGGUAGUAACUAAUAUGGCGGAAUAGAUAGAUGUUGACUUUUCAAGUUCCGGAUUUCUUUGAUUCAAAUAAUUCAAGAUAAUAGAGUUUAAGAAUAAGCAAGUCAGAUAUUAUUCAUUUAUAUUAUUAUCGGUACUCGUUGCAAUUAUCACUUGGGUCACGUGUUGUGUACUUAAUUGAACCAAGUAUUAUUAACAAUAAGUGCGUACAUUAUCCAUUAAAGCAGUCUACUUGGCAAACAACUGUAAUUUCAAUUUCUUUGCGCGAAUGUAUUAUAAGCUUCAGUUAUAUGAUCAAGAAAUACAUGAUUAUUGAAAAUUAUUUAGUUUUUAAAUAAAGAUAAUACGACUUACGUAAUGAGAGUGUUAAUAUCAAUGUUAUAUAUUCCAUCGAAAGGUUAAGAGUUCAGUUCAUUUUUCAGAAACAUGUGUGAUUCAGCUAAGAAAAUGAAAGAUUCAAGUGUUAAAAACGAUGUGAAAAAUGAUUCAACCGAUCAGUUAAGCCGGAAACAAAGUACAGAUAAAAAGAAAUCUUCUGUAAAAAGUACAAAUGAAGAUGUUCAACGCGCGAUUGAAGGUUUAAAGGAUAUACCGGAUGAAGAACUUCAAGAGUUUCUAGAUGAUGAAGAUUUCAUGCAGGGAUUGGAUGUUGUCGACGCUUGGGAAGGGGAUGAAGAAAAAGGACGCGAAACUGAAUUAAAAACUACUCGUGUCAAGGAGCAAGAACCGAGACGUCCUUCUAGGGACAGACAUCGGCGCGAUCGCAAAGGAUCAUACAAUCGUGAAAGACCAAAGAGAGAAGAGAAGAAACAUGAAGAAAUACGACGGGAUCCUUCGAAAAGCACAAAAGAUAUAGAGAGGGAUAAGAUACGUACAAAGAGAGAUAACGAAAGCAAGCUUUUAGCAGCAAAGGAGAAAGCAAUUAAACACUUAUUAGACUCUGACAAUGUUGUACCUCCGGGUACAGAGGUUGAAGCUAUUCAAAGUAUUACAGAGAAACAAAAUCUGGAGCAAGCACAGAUGCAUAUCCGUAGAAGUCGUGAACGACGUAGAAGCGUAGAUCGUCAAAGAGGGAACUCGUCGCGACACAGAACUCCGGAUAGAAUAAGAUUAAAUUCUCCUCGACGAAAAUCUCCAUUAAUGUUAAGUCCAGAACGGUGUAGAAGUCCUUUUAAAAUAAGCAGCGAAAGACAUCGGAGUCCGUUAAGGUUUAGCCCUGAUAAGAGAAGAAGUCCAAGAUUUAAUUGCACCCGCAGAAGUCCGUUCGGUUUUAGUCCAGAACGACGAAGAAGUCCUAUCAGACGACUCAGUUGGGAAAGAAGGACGAGUACGGAUAGAAGAUGGAGUGCUGAACGACAUAGAAGACGUAUGAAUAUUCAUGAACGCCGAAGAAGUCGGUCCCGGGAUCGGCAACGAAGUCGCAGUAUGGAACGUAUUAGAAGAAAAAUUAGCCGGUCACCGGUUAACAGACGUUACAGUCCUCGACGUCGCAGUAGAACACGAAGUAGAUCAGUGGAACGUCGAAGAAAACGAUCGCCUUUCAUUAACGAACUUACAAGACAAUUUCGAAACGAAGCUAUCAUGACAUCUCAUAUAAACACUGGAUACGCGCACCCUUCGUCAAUAGAUGGUAUACAACAACCUAUGAUGAAUUCGGUUAUGUAUCAGCAAGAAACAGAGCGCAGACCAUUAUUACCAAUACCACCUUACAUGCAUCAACCUGGAUUACCACCGCCUAUGCCAUCAAAUGUAACACCUGGUGGACCACCAUUUAUGAACUUUGAAAAUUCGUCUCAGUCAAUGAAUUUUGAUUCUGUACCGUUACAUCCGUUGCCUCAGACCGAAUACGUUUCUGGCCCGGUGAUGUACAAUCAACCAAAUACUAGUACAAUUCAACCUCCUCAUCGACCACCGCUUCUACCGGCACCAGUUUCUUCACCACAGCCCGAACCUACAGCCUCGACAGCUGUGGAUCAUGUACAGACAUACAACUCAACGCAUGGCAUUCCUUCGUCUAGACAGUCUCCAAUACAGAAUUUUGAAUUUCCAAAUAAAUCUAAGGAUGCUAUAUCUCCAAGCUACAGGGAACGCAGAUUUACGGAUUCUUAUAAUGGAUAUCAUGGUUCGCAAGAGGAACGAUUGAAGACACCCGAACCACCAGUCAUCUCCGACACAAAACAAUUUGAAAAGACGAGUUUAUCGAGUCUACUGGAAGCAUCUGUUUCCGCUAAAGAUUCAACUAGUCUACCAGUUUUAUAUCCAGGAUUCAAACCGGAAAUAUUACGACAUUGUGAACACGCAUUACGUGAACUGCCUAUUGAAGAUCCUCGAUUAAAAAUGAAGGGGCGAUUUUUUUACGAUCCAAAGAAGAAAACUGUCCAAAGUGAGCAGGAAGUAUAUUCCUCAAAUUCCAUACUUCUACAAAGGAACAAAAGCAAAAUAUAUUGGGACGAGGAAGAGGUACAACAUCCUGCUCCUACGAAACAGACUGUACAAAUGCAUCAAAAGAUCUGUCAGACCGACGAUGUAGAAAUAAGUACGAAAUACGUUCAAGCAACCGUUACUAUGGUAGAUUUCGAAGUACAAGUUUAUCCUCAAGAUUUGCAACAAGCAAUUAAGGAAGAGAAAAGACCUAUUAUGGAUCGUUUGGACUGGAAUAUGCGUGAAACAGUUGAUUAUCCACCCAAGUACCGGGAAGCCGAUGACUUAAGGUGGAGCUUAAGUAAUUCUCAAAAACGAACAUGGAACAGAACAGCGUCUCCUUCGAGACGGCUCGACGAUCGUGAACAUCGCCCCGAUUCUGUAUCUUCAUUAGAUCAUAACUCAAGAAAUUUAAAGUUAGGAUCACCGAUAAGAAAUAGAGAUAACUUUUCAAGUCACAAAGGACCUGGCCGGGAUCAUUACGUUCGUGAAAGAUACUCGCCAAACUAUAGGCAUUCUUUAGACGAACGUGAUGAUUUCCAAGAAAUCAGAAGUGAUCAUAGCCGUGGGGAAAGUCCGAUGAUGUUAGAUGAUUCUGCAGAUGAAGAGUUGGAACAUACAUUCCAAAGAGGAUCCGAUUGGCAUGGAAGACCGAAAUUGUCAAGAGGUAGAUCAAGUUCUUUGAUGAAGCCGCAUGUGUACAGAGGAAAGCAUUCGGGAGGAAGAUCCUACCGUGGCCGUGGAAGUUUUCGUGGGAAAUUCUAAAAUUUUUUGUGUAAAGCACAAAUGAAAAAUAUUGUAGAAUCAUAUAAUCAAAUAUAACAGUAUAUCAGACAAGAUAUAAUCUAUUCUUGCAAAAAAUUUGAAGAGAAAAACGCUAAAUUAUGCAUCGUUUCUUUUUUUCUUUAAUUUUAAAUGAGUUUCUGUCGUUUUUAUUAAAGUUUAUCUUUAAAUGAUAUCACUAAAAUGCAUUUUAAGUAAAGAUUGAAUCUAAGCAUUAAGUAAUAGGUGAUAAAAAAUACAAACAUGUACAUGGCAACUACUCUUUGCACAGAUAUAGUAAUAUUAUAUAAAGUGUAAAUUACAAAGUUAUUUGUACGCAACGUUGGUUAAAUAAACGUUCUAUAUGACAAUA